AAAUUGCUUUUGGCUCCACCCUCAUCUCGGUGACACCAGUGACCCUCAGGGCAAGACAUGUGUUUGUCUCUGUGACUAAAGGGAGGGGGAGCGGGUAGAAGGGCCUGCUGUGCUGGUCAAGUGAGUCCUGGACUGAGGCAGAGGUCAGGUCACAGCUCUUUGGAAACCGGCUCCUCGCAGCAGCACGGGCAGCAGGCUGACAAGGCGAGGGCCAGUCACCCUGCGUGCAGGGCGGCGCUGGACGCUUUCAUCCCGGUUUACCCCUUUUAAAGCGCCAGGGUUGGGAGACCACCCCACUCCUUAACCCGCUCAACAGAGUCCGCUCCAAGUUCGCAAUUAAGAGCUAUGGAAUCCCUGACAGCUCCGCCCCUUCUGGGGUCUGAACAGGCGCUAUUGGAUCUUCCCAUCCCGAGGGCUAUGCAAGUAGGACCCGGGUUACCCCCUCGCCCUGGCUCGGUGUUUCUCUCGCCUUCCCUACUCUGAGAAAGUCCCUUCCCUGUAGCUAAAGGACUGUGAAGUCCUCGGGGUCCUUCACCUCCUCUACCCCCUGUCCCGGCCGCGAGACAGCCUGGCGGGUUGGCCCUGAGGGCGGGUCCUCGCCCCAAAGGCAGCGGCUGGCGCGGCCCUGGGGGACCUGCGUGCAUCCCGCCCCACGGUCUCCCGAAUCCUGGGGCCACACCAGCCUUUCCACAGCCGAGGCCACGCUGCCAGCGUGGUGGUGUCCCCGACUGCCCCAACCUCCGACAGGCCGACCGGCGACCCCCUAUAGCUCGCGGAGCGGCUGGGCUCUGGAAAGUGGCGACUGUCGUCCUCCGCGGUCUCCGCAGCCCAAGGGGCGUGGACGCGGGCGGGGCCGGCAGCGGCGCUUUAAGAGGCUGCGCCCGGGGAGGCCGGCCCCACAGCGACCCGAGCGAUGGACAUGGCCCGGGACUGCGCCGGAGCCCUCCUCAGGCCCCUGACGUUUAUGGGGUCGCAGACGAAGAAGGUGCUGCUCACACCCCUCAUGCGUCCCGCUCGCCCCUUCCGGGUCUCCAACCAUGACAGGAGCAGCCGCCGAGGGGUGACCGCCAGCAGCCUGCAGGAGCUCCUCAUCAAGACCCUGGAUGCCCUGGUUAUUGCCAGCGGACUGGUCACGUUGGUGUUGGAGGAGGACGGCACCGUGGUGGACACGGAGGCGUUCUUCCAGACCCUGGGGGACAACACGCACCUCAUGGUCCUGGAGAAGGGACAGAAGUGGACACCGGGUGCUACCUACAUCCCAGCCCGCCAGCCGCCAAAGAGACAGGGGAUCGCGAGAGUAACCUUCGACUUGUACAAGCUGAACCCCAAGGAUGUCAUCGGCUGCCUCAACGUGAAAGCCACUAUGUACGAGAUGUACUCGGUGUCCUACGACAUCCAUUGCCCGGGGCUCAAGGCCCUGCUGAGGAGCCUGCUGUUGUUCCUGUCUCACACCGCCCAAAUGACCGGUCAGUGUCUCGUCCACACGGGCACCUACAUGCUCCGAGUGCUGGCUGACACAGAGGAGCGGGCGGUGCCCAGCCCGCGCCCUCGCCGGGGGAUCACGAGUGGAUAGGGGUGCACAGUGCAGAGUCUCCGCUGACCUCAACCCCGCAGGUCCCUCUCCAGGGACGCAUUCGGAAGACGCUGUGUUCCCACCACGUGUCCCCUGCUCAGGAAAGAAAAGGGGCCUGAGGGCACUGCCAGGGGCCAGGCGGUGGAGGCCCCCUGGGUGGGGAUGGGGUGGGGGGACGCGGGCAGCAUGAGGCCUGCGGCUCCACAAUAAACCAGUCAAGAGAGUCGCUGUGAUACCGCA